AUGUACUGGGGCGCCGGCCCGUGGAAGUGGUUCGAGGGAAACUAUAACAACAAAAGGUUCCGGCACCCACCCAACCAUUGUCGAGUAGAAGCAGAAGUACACGUCGGCAACAAGCACAAACUAGGGCGUACGGAGAAUUGGGAAAUGUUCUGGAUGUAUGCCGCCAAGGACGAUUAUAAACGUCUCAACCAAACGACAAUUUGCAUGAAAAUGCCCGUCUACGAUGCUUUUUCGAAGACGAUUUUCACGGAGCAGGAGAAUUAUUUUUGCAUGAUCGAGAAGUGUCGUCUU